CUCUGGGGGGAGGGUGACCUGCUCCGCUCCCCGGCGAUGACUUCUCCGAGCCACUGGCCUGAGUCACCCGACAGCCGGGAGGGAGGGCGAGGGACGCCCCGCCCCGGCCCGGCCCGGCCCGCGGGACCUGGGGCAGGAAGUGGGGCGAGUCUGCCAGGCAGGACCCGCGGCCGAGCACGACCGGGACGCAAAGCUCUUGAAAAGCAAAAAAAAAAAAAAAAAGUCCACUGGCCCUCUGGAAACAUGAGCAGUAACGGGACAGACCUCGCCACUGGCUACAUCUCCUCUUCUGUGGCAAUCCUCUUAUAUGGCUCUAAUUUUGUACCACUGAAAAAAUAUGACACUGGUGACGGCAUGUUUCUGCAGUGGGUGCUCUGUGCUGCCGUCUGGCUGGUCGCCUUGGUGGUCCACCUGAUUCUGCACUGCCCCACGUUCUGGCCUUUAGCCAUGCUUGGGGGCUGCAUCUGGGCAACAGGGAACAUUGCUGUUGUCCCAAUUCUCAAAACCAUUGGCUUGGGUCUUGGAAUCCUAAUCUGGGGAUCAUUUAAUGCUUUAACUGGCUGGGCAAGCUCAAGGUUCGGCUGGUUCGGCAUGGACGCGGAAGACGUUUCAAAGCCCUUGCUGAAUUACAUUGGAGCCGGACUGUCAGUUGUCAGUGCUUUCACAUUCUUGUUCAUCAAAAGUGAAGUACCAAGCGACGUGUGUCCCAUGGACACCACACCAUUACUGACGGAGCCCGCAAUCAACACCGCUGCAGACCCCUGUCCUGGCUCCUCCUGGGUGGACAGACUUUCUACCACGCACCGCCGCAUUGUGGGCUGCGGCCUUGCAGUGGUCUCUGGGAUACUCUACGGAUCCACAUUUGUGCCCAUCAUUUACAUCAAGGAUCACAGCAAGAGAAAUGACAGCAUCUAUGCAGGAGCCAGCCAGUACGAUUUAGACUAUGUUUUUGCACACUUCAGUGGCAUCUUUCUUGCAAGUACAGUCUACUUUCUGGCUUACUGUAUAGUCAUGAAAAAUAGCCCUAAACUAUAUCCUGAGGCAGUCUUACCAGGCUUCCUGUCCGGAGUGCUGUGGGCCAUUGCGACCUGCUGUUGGUUCAUAGCCAAUCACUCUCUAAGUGCGGUGGUCAGCUUUCCAAUAAUCACAGCAGGUCCUGGGUUUAUCGCUGCAUUGUGGGGUAUCUUCGUCUUUAAGGAAGUACAGGGUCUCAGGAACUACUUACUCAUGGUGCUAGCGUUUUGUAUCAUCCUGGCUGGAGCCUUAUGCACGGCAUUUUCCAAAAUCUAGCCAUUCCUGAUGAGGACAGCAGGUGGCAGCAGCGGCUCAGAGAAGGCCCACCCUGGUCCGUGAAGGAGCCCAGUGGCUCAGACUAGACGCUGUCUGCACUGGAGAAUGAAGUGAAGCUGCUUCCCCGAAAUACACAAGUGGAAAAUCCUCCUGGUGAUCAGUUCAAGAAUGUGGGACUUCCCGGGGUGACAGAAAGGCAUGAGUGCACCCUUGUCACACCCCGUUUGAGGGUGUUGGUUUCAGCACAGUGCCGACCUCGCAUUGUGUAAUCUGGAAUGCAGCAUGGCGAUGCUGUCUGAUUGUCUAAUUUACUAAUGGAAACAAAUACUUCUUUUUGGAGGGAGAGAAGAACAAAGACUUAAAGCAUGGAAUAAAACUUCAAAGAUACCUGAACCUUUGCUAAGGAAAGUAAAUGUGGUUGGCAGCUAAA